GUGAUAACACAAGAACAUUUUGCCGGCAUGAUGAAUUUAACGUCCAUUGACGUAUCUUAUAAUAGUUUGGAACUCAUUAUUGACUCCCAUUGGGUGCCUCCGUUCAACUUGGACUCCGUUUUCAUCUUGUCAUUUGGGUCCCCAGUUUCCUAAAUGGUUUCGAUGGAUGAAGGGCAUUGUCCACCUUGAUGUUUCCAACACAGGUCUUGUUGGUAGGAUCCCACAUUGGUUUUGGACUAUCUUUUCUGAAGCUAAAUCUUUGGAUACUUACCAGUAAAUCUGGAGUUCAUGUCACUGUUUCGUCUUUCAAUGCAGUCAAAUAUGCUAACUGGUUUGAUUCCCAAGUUACCAAGAACAAUUGUGGUGUUGGACAUAUCCAGAAACUCUUUAAGUGGGUUUGUGUCAGAUUUCCAAGCUCCACAGCUGCAGGUCGCGGUCUUGUUUUCCAAUUCUAUAUCUGGGACUUUGCCAACAUCACUUUGUCGAUUGCCAAAAUUGCGGGUCUUAGAUCUUUCAAACAAUUUACUUUCAAAUGGACUUCCUCCGUGUGGCCGAAAAGAGCUGAAACAACAAAACCCGUCUAACAGCAACAAUUCUUUAAGACCCAAUUCAAUGAGUUCUUUCAGUUUGAAAAUCACUACUCUUCUUCUAAGCAACAACAAUCUUUCAGGUGGCUUUCCUUUGUUCCUACGACAAUGUCCAAGUCUUGUUUUCCUCGAUCUAACUAAAAACAGAUUCACCGGAGAGUUACCUGGAUGGAUUAGUGGUGUCAUGCCUGGUUUGGUUAUGCUACGGUUAAGAUCGAAUAACUUUUCUGGUCACAUCCCAAUUGAAAUAAUGGAACUCCAUGAUGUCCGUAUUCUGGAUCUAUCCAAUAAUAAAUUUUCUGGGGCCAUACCACGAUAUCUGGAAAAGUUAAAAGCUUUGACUGGCAUUGCUAAUAAUAGAACAUUUCAUAAUCCUUUCGAAGAAGGAUACGAAGAAAAGUAUGCAUUCAUGCUUGCCGGGCUAUCUAAUGAUAGCUUUUCGAUGGUGAUAAAAGGGCAAGUACUUGAGUACAGGGAGAAUACUAUAUAUUUGAUGAGUAUUGAUUUAUCUUGCAACCGUUUAACUGGAGAAAUCCCAGAGGAGAUAAGCUCCCUUGCGGGUCUCAUAAGUUUGAAUUUAUCAUCAAACUUUCUGAGUGGAAAUAUCCCGUAUAAGAUUGGUAACCUUCGAUCACUGGAGUCUCUUGACUUGUCAAAGAACAAACUUGGUGGUGAAAUCCCUCAAGGCUUAUCAGAUUUGACAUACUUGAGCUAUCUAAACUUGUCAUACAACAAUCUGUCAGGAAGAAUACCAUCAGGGCAUCAACUCGACAUCCUCAAAACAGAUGAUCCAGCUUCUAUUUACAUUGGUAAUCCGGGUCUAUGUGGACGUCCAAUUCAAAGGCAAUGUCCUGGUCCUUCAGGAGAUCUGCCAAGUAACGGAGAUUCAGCAAGAUGGGUUGAAGAUGACUUGUCUCCAAUGGAUGUUCUUCUAGGAUUAAUUAUUGGUUUUGUGGCGGGUGCUUGGUUGGUAUUUUGUGGGCUUCUCUUCAUGAAGAGAUGGAGGUAUGCUUAUUUCGGGUUAGUCGACAAGCUAUAUGACAGGUCGUAUGUCAUUUCUGUUGUUACUUGGAGAAAAUGGUUAGGGAACACGGGUGUAAAUUAAGCAAGAGCUACAUGGGUUGGCUGCUCUAUACACAAAGAUACCACUGCUCGAAUAAGGGGGCUGAAGAACAUUUUGCUAUGUUGUAUUGUCAUUCAGAAUAUCACAGUACGAAUUACUCUAGACUUUAAAGUAUCUCAGAUUCUCAGUACCACCGGGCUAGUUGUGCAUGCCUUGUGGUCCCGUUGCUGAUAAAAUAAAUGUAUAUAUGCUGCUAUCUCAUAAUCAUUAAUUGUGUAUUAUUUGGAAUUA